AUGGUUUGGGUUUACGAACGUGUAACUGGCCUAUACAUGGACUUGCGGUGGCUGGCCGAUGUGUCAAGUCAGUGUUUUUACCCUCCCAGAGAAGUCUGGCACCAAUUUAUCGACUCCGGAGGAAUGAAAGGCUUGUCAUUACUCAUCGUCAGUCUGAUUCUGAUAGUAUCGUUUUAUCUUACAAGAAAACAUGAAUCUCUAACCUACGUGACUACGGCUGACAAUUUCGACAAAUUCUACACCUAUACUCAGCCGAAUGGAAUGAACAGCGUUUACAGUAUGUGCCCAUCUUUCAGAUGCUUCUAUCAGCCACUGUUGAAGAACAGCAACGGUUUUGAACUGGGAAACAUCUUUCCGAUAGAGUUCAAUCAACCAACAGCAAUCAUCUAUGAUCAAAUCGCAGUGAAAUGUGAAAGAAAUUCCCCUCAACCGGAAAUAUUCUACAGCAAAGCGUUAGUUAACGUCCCCAUCAGUUCGGAUUUCCCAUCUUUAGCAAUGCUCAUAUUCGACUCUGUGUCACUGAACCACUUCAAACGCAGUCUUCCGAAAACAACGCAAUUUUUAGCUGACAAUGGCUUCCUUACGUUCAAUUUAUACGGCCAGGAAUCGGAUGAUUCGGACGCAAAUGUGCUUUCCAUACUCAGAGGAGGUGCAUCAAAUUCGGAUAAUCAAAUUUUUCUCUGGGAUGUAAUGAAAGACAGAGGAUGCACAACUUUUGUGAGUGAAGAGCUAGGCGGCUCUUCCUCAAUCCUUUCCAACAUCAGCAUCAAUGUCGAUCAUGAUCUACGACCAUUUCAUGAAUUCAGCCACUCACGAACAAAAGGAUUUUGCACACAGGAUGGCAGAGUGGCUUCCUUGGAAUAUCUGGAAAAUUGGUGGAAAAUUCUCUUGAAUAUGAAGGAUGUAUGUCAAUUUUCAAUGCAUGUAGUUCGAACGGUCACGAAUAGCGAUUAUCUGACUGUAGUUGAUAACGUUCUACGACCAAGCACCAAUCUAUACACAGCUAAAGUCGAGGAGCGGUCUCCACUUUUCUCCAUAAAGUUUCCUGAAAAGUUUCGGAAGAAGUACUUUAUGGAGUACUAUAACAUAGACUAUAAUAUCGAUCGUCUUGUAAACACAAAAGAUAUUGGCAGUACUCUGAUGGAUAUAGCAGCGAUGAGCAACUUUUCAAUCGAUAUUCGAGGUUACAGCGGAGGAGGGAUGUCACUACUUCGUCACACAAUUGAUCAGUACCGAUCUUGUGAGCAGGCGAACAUUCCUCAGCACCUCUGCAUUUGUAUGGAUCACAAAGAUAUCGAAUCACAAAAAUAUGAUAGAAAUUCAGUGGAGUUCAACAACUUGUUUCAUUACGUCGAAAAAGAAGCGCUCAAACACAAAUGUAUGGAGGAGGCGUUCGUAACACAAAGAUUUGAUACACUCAGCGUGUUCUCCUUGAAUCGGAUGGUAGAAGAAGGAGUCCGGAACGAAGAUGACUGGACUCAUGUCCGAAACUCUUCUUAUGACAUAGGCAUGAGGUACUUCGACAUUAUAGUUGGCGUGAAAACAUUCCAGAGGGAGCAGGAUGUCAAACAAAUCCGACUACAUGUACUUAUGCGCUUCCGACACACAGAACGCUUUGGUACACAACCUGUCGGAUCACCGAUGGUCAUAUGGGUGAACCAGAGGUGUGGUUCAAGAAGCCUGGAUCAAUUCUGCCAUAUGUGCUAUGAUAACAAAUUAUUAACAGAGGAUUAG